AUGACCUCCUUCGCGGAGAAGGCCCAUGAGGCUGCUAUCCAACUCUCAUUGCACAAGGAAUGCACUGAAAUACGUGGUGUGGCGAUCCGGGAGGCGAGAAGCAGAGCAUGGUGGGCAACGUAUCUUUGCGUAUGCCAUGCAUCUAUGGUGAGCUGCAAGCCACCGAUACGAGCCAUCAACACAAGGACUCUGGAGGUUCAAUUCCCUACAUCAGAGUAUAUCUCUCGAGUCUGGGAACGUUAUAUUCGUGCCGAAGAAACCCUUGUUGCAGCGACGCUAUUAUUGGUAUCAUUAGUCAAAGGGAUUCGGUCUAAAGAGUCUGUACCUAACUUCCGACGGUCAUUCGGCGCGGUCGAUAAGAUGAUUCAGGCUCAACUGGCGCAAUUGACCCAUGUGGAACCUCUGACUUCCACCGGGGAUCAUUCGCCCGAAUAUAAACUGGCGAAGAGUUUGCAUACCAUCACGAGAAUGAGACUGAUGAGUGCCAACAUGAAAAUUCACCGUUACCGUGCGCUCAUGGAGUACCCUGCGAUAUCGAGGAAAUUUGCUAGUUUUCCCCCUUUAGACAUAUCGGAACGCCCACCAUCCGAGAGCACUGAUUUCCAAUCCGCUGUGCUGGCGAAAGUUGAGCAAAUAUUCCCAUUUCCAAAUCAUUACUCGCUUCAGAGCUGCAUCAAUUCCGCCCUGGCAGUCUCCGAGUGUCUUGGUUCACUGAGAAAUGAUCUGACAGGUGGGUCAAGGAGCCGAUUUUACGCGAUCGAGUCUAGCUCAUAA